CAAACACCUCAACCAGCGUCAAAAGGAAAUAUUAUUUUAUUAUAUAAUAGUUCUUCGUUGAUGAAAGUCAUAAUAAAAGUGUAUUUUUUAGUUUUUUGUGUGUGAUGAUGACGCAGGCUGGUGAUAGACAUCUUGGGCAUUUGUUUUUUGAACACAUGAAGAGACGGCCUGAUGCUAUAUGUCAGAUAGACGCAGCCAUAGGAAAAUACGAGAGCAACGCCUCAGUACUAUACCGGUCUAUCCGCCUGGCACAAUGUCUCCGUCAGUUCGGAGCCAAGCCAGGAGAUGUGCUAGCAUUACACGGGAAGAACCACCUGGACCUCCACAUACCAUACUACGCUGCUCUGCUGAACGGCAUGCCUAUUGUUGGCGUUGAUCCUAUGUAUAAGUUUGAGGAAAUUAAGAAAUUAUUUAAACUGACCACGCCGAAGGUAGCGUUUUGCCAAUGUGAACACGUCAUAGACGCUGUGACUGAAUUAGGGCUGGACACAAAGGUCGUGACCUUUUCGGAAGGAAAGCAUUCCAUGCAGAACUUCAUAAGAGAAUACGAUGAUCGAGAUGAUUUAGAAGAAUUCCGACCAGCAGAAUUUGACUUAGACAAGAUCUACCUUUGGCUCAUUACUACUGGUGGCGCAAGUGGAGUGCUGAAGGUAGCUGCUUUCAAACACAAGCCCUGGAUAUUGAGGCUGCAACAGCUGAGGAAGCUCAUUCAAAUAGAAGAUAGCUCAAGAAACACGCCAGCCCUAUUCUUGUCUCCCGUGCAGUGGAUAGGCGGCUUCUACAACGCAAUAGCCAUGCCACUAUUCAACCUGUGCAAGAUUCAGACCUCUCUACAACCCACUACGGACCACGUCAUUGAUAUUAUCAAAGAAUACAGGCCAGUCACCGCAUUAUUGGGUCCAUCAAUGCUAGAUUCUCUAUUAAAACACGAAAAGAGUUGCGACUUCACUUCAUUUAAUCUAGUCAUGGUAACAGGAGGAAAGGUGCAUAAAGAAGAUAUUUAUGAGUUGAGGAAGAGAAUACGUCCCGACGCUAUAGCCGCAGAAAUGUAUGGACAGACUGAAACUAUGGGCCAAGUAUUCUCCAUCGAACCAGAUGGACCUUUGGGCAGCUGCGGAAAAGCCACCGAGGUGCAUCAAGUUAUGUUAAUGGAUCCAGAUACAGAAGUAGAAAUCACGAGGCCAAAUGUGACUGGAGAGUUGUGGAUGAAAGGGCCCAUGUUUACGGAAUACUACAACAAUCCACAAGAGACGGCAGCGGUCUUCACAGAUGAUGGCUGGUUCAAAACGGGAGACCUAUUGUACAAAGACAAGGAUGGCUAUUUCUACUUCGUUGAACGACUUGGAAUGUUAAUUAAGUACAGGAAUUAUCAUAUAGCACCACUAGAAAUAGCAGAAGUAAUUCGCCAGCACCCUGGUGUGCAGGACGUCAGUGUGACCAGCAUAUCAAAUGUCUUUGAUGGAGAGCAUCCAGUCGCUUGCGUGGUGCGAAGACCAGGAUACAAUGUUACUGCGCAUGAGAUUAAGGAGCUCGUUGCUGAUAAACUGUCGUAUAGCAAGCGUUUGCGAGGUGGAGUCAUCUUCAUGGAGAGCAUACCUCGCACGUCUACAGGAAAAGUGGCGAGAGCGAAACUGAAACAUAUAGCUGCUGUAGCUUAUAGAGAAUAA